UUUUCCUAUAUGCUAUGCUGUACCUAAAACGAUAAUAUUGUAAAUUAUGAUGUUUAGUAUUUAUGAUUUACAUUUUACAUUAUAAAUAAUCGAUAAGCAAAUGAAACUUUAAAUUUAAUUUAAUUUUGUAUUAUUAAUUUUACUGUAGUUGUUUGAGUUUUGUUUCUAUGCGCGUACACAACAAAUAACAUUAAGCAAUUCUUACUCACCCAUAAGUAUACCGGCGAAAAUUGGAUCAUCGUUCUCUCGUUCACUGAGUAUUUGAAACCCGUGUCGCAACAUGAACUUCGAACCGGAUUUGAAGCAGUAUACCAUGUGCUCAGUUUUAGGAUCUUGUUUCUCGGACCGGGCUGUUGUGUUCCUGGGCAAACACAACAAGAGCGGCAACCUGGUGGCAAUGAAAAACUUCAACUUAGACAGCAUGUCGAAAACUGACUGUCAGCUUAUACAGGAUGAGAUCUACAAUACUAGACAGUUGAUGCAUCCGAACCUCAUACCGUAUGUGACUUCUUUUUUGGACAAAAGUCAACUGUACGUUGUGUUCCCACUCAUGGGAUAUGGUUCAUGCAGAGACUUGUUGCGCAACCAUUUUGAGGAAGGAUUACCAGAAACUGUUAUAGCAUUUGUGCUCAGGGAUGUUCUGCAAGGACUAGAGUAUAUACACAAUAAAGGACUCGUACAUAGGGCUAUAAAAGCAGGUCAUAUAUUGAUACGUGCAGAUGGACAUGCAUGCUUAUCAGGUUUACGUAGCAUGUGUCCAAUCAAUAAACGGUCAAAUUUACAUUCCUUGCCACUGCAAUCUGCUAACAACUUGAAUUGGUCUAGUCCCGAGAUGCUCGAACAAAAUUUGCUUGGGUACAACGAAAAGUCUGAUAUUUACAGUAUAGGCAUAACAUCAUGUGAACUGGCAAAUGGUUUCGUUCCUUUUGCUGAAACUGAUACCACGCUUAUGCUUACACAAAAAGUUAAAGGUCUAAUUCCACACUUGCUUGACUGCACUACAUGCUAUCCAUAUGAAGAUAAUGUAGCUGAUAAUGGAUACCAGUCUGAAGAAACAAUUGGUGUGAAUACAGCCCCUGUGAGCACUGUGUAUACAAGGAUGUUUACAGAAGAGUUUCAUAAUCUUGUUGAAUUGUGUUGUCAACGAGAUCCAGAAAGUAGACCUUCUGCACCCAAUUUGUUGGCUCAUACUUUUACUAAACAAGUGAAAAGAGUGAAUGUAAAAGUUACAGAUUUAUUACGGCCUGCUGUACCACUGCUGAAGACAAAUGUUGCAGAAAUAAGUGAUGAUCUCGCUUCUAUUGGAGGCAUGUCACAACAAUUGAGUGAUCUUGACUUGUUGACUUAUGCCUGGGAUUUUGACCUUAAUGAUGUUGUAUCAACAUUAUAAAUGCCUAUUACCAGUAUUAGUAUUCAUUAGCAAGUGUUCAUCCCUAUCAUAUUGUAUGCAAUAUAGAUCAGUAGCUAGUCUAAAAAUAUGAUUCUUUAAACAUAUAUAUAUAAUAUUUUGAUCGAUAUAGUACCUACACAAAUACUGAAGAUUUAUUUUAAGUAGAUUAUUUAUCUAAAAUUGACUCUUAACAUACAUAUUCAAAUUAAUU